AGCAGAGUCGAAAUUAGGUUGUGUUGGUGCGGAGAUUACCAAAAAUUGGGUCAAUUGCUUAUUCAAAGUACCCGCCCUCGAUUCUCGCUAGCUCCAGCCGCUCUCUCCUCUUCUAUCGUCAUCUCACACUCACUCAUUCUUAUUACAGCUUGAAAAUUUGGUGAUAAAUUCACUCCGGGCUCGGAGGAACUAUGAGGGAAAUCGUGACUAUUCAAGUUGGAGAAUUUGCGAACUUCGUUGGUUCUCAUUUCUGGAACUUUCAGGAUGAGUUGAUUGGCCUGGCUGCGGACCCUCUUGGAGAUGCUGUGUUUAAGAAUCAACAUCUUAACAUGGACGUACUCUACCGUUCUGGUGAGACACAACAGGGUGUACUUACAUAUACGCCACGUCUAGUUUCAGUUGGCUUCAAAGGAGGCUUAGGAUCUGUUAGUGCACGUGGCACUCUAUAUAAUGACGAUGCAUAUACACCGUCAGAUGUCAUUACAUGGCGUGGUAAUGUUUCGACUCAUAAUACUGAGCCGCUUAAGAAAAAUUUGUUCUUGCAAAGUUUAUCUGAAGAAGAGCAGGAGAACUCAAUGAAUGGAAAAAAUAGUGAACAGGCUACUUCUAGAAUAGAAAUUCAGGACAAAGAUAUAGUUGAAUGUCUAGAAAAAGAUGUCACCUUUUGGACAGACUUCUCAAAGGUUCACUAUCAUCCUCAAAGUUUAUAUCAGUUAAAUGGAUUGUGGGUGGAUGUUCAGGAGUUCGACAAUUAUGGAAUUGGAAAAGAAUCUUUUUCUUGGAGUUCGCAACGUGAAGAUAUCGAUGAAAGGCUUCGUUUUUUUGUGGAGGAAUGUGACCAUAUCCAAGGUUUUCAGUUCAUAGUCGACAACUCAGGGGGGUUUUCUGCAAUAGCUGGGGAUUUUCUCGAGAAUGUUGCAGAUGAAUAUUCAAACACCCCAGUUUUACUUUAUAGUGUUCGAAGUCCUGGUUCUUAUAGCAUGCAACGUGAAAAUAAGAGGCAGACAGUUUCUAGAAAUCUUCAUGAUGCAGUUUCGUUUGCAAGACUAUCAUCUUUCUGUCAGCUCUUUGUGCCAGUUGGUUUGCCAAGUUUGAGUAGAAGCAAAGCUAUCACGCAUCUCUGCAUUGACGACCAAAAGCCUUACCACUGUAGUGCUGUAUAUGCUGCUGCUUUACACUCCAUUGGUCUUCCUUUACGAAUGGAAGCCCAUGGACCAACCGCAGAUUCAUGCUAUGUUUCUGGUGCAGUUCAUAUUAAUGACAUGGUACGGAUGUUAUCCGGGCAAGGUAGGCAAAAUAUGGUGGCCAUUUUGGAUGUUGCAAUGCCAGCACCCUCUCUUUGUGGAAAACAUUUGGAUCAACCGUUGUUGGGAAAUUUGCAGCCGUUGACCCCGGAGGUAGCAGAGGAUGCAGAAGAUCCGCUGGCAUUGGAAUCCAUGACUGUACACGGAGUGUUUGGAUUAGGAGGGGAUCGGGCUUCAGUCCCCGAAUUAAAGGAUCAAAUUUGUGCUGCCUAUGAAGGUUCAACAGAAAGGCCAAUGCUCUGCCAUCUAUCAGCAACUCAAUGUCCUCUGCCAAUACCGUUGCCUUUUCCUUCAAUCUUUGGCAACCUGGUUGGCCAACAUGGUGAACUGUUGGCCACUCCAAUCUCUGGUGCUUCAUCAAGGGGAUCCCUUGAUGUACAUUCCAUCCCCAUGGCAGCUCGGCUACGAUCCAGCAAGGCUAUCCUGCCAUUUCUAGAGAGAAGAUUGACAAAUCUUCUCAGACAUGGAACUGCACAAGGAUCAUCGGCAGCCUCAUUGCUUAGGAAUUGGGGGUUUGGAAGAGAGGAACUAGAAGACAUGGGAGAAUCGGUUUCGAAAAUGGUUUUGGCCCUAAAUCCACAUUCCCAAUCGUCGUCUGAUUCUGAUUGAGGUAUGUAUAACUGAUGGAUUUAAAAAUGUAGUAACUUGUGAAAAUGGGGUUGUAGAAGUCUAUCUGUAUUUGUAUGAUUAAGUGCAUAUGAGAAUUGGUUCUUGUGUCAUUUUGCAAAUCUUGAGGUGAGCGAAGGAAGGUCAACUGUGAAGAUGCCUGCUGUUUUAUUGGAGUAUAGGUAAUUGUUGUUCUUGGGUCUUUCUUGUUCUUUUAAAAUAAAAAAUGCUAGAUUAGAAUUAGAAAAAAAAGUUGCUGUUUCAUUGGUCUUUUAAGAACAAAAUGAUGAAGAGAUGCUCGAAAGCUUGACGAACAAGCGAAAAAAGAAAGCCCUAACUAUUUAUUUGAGUAAAGGGCUUUUCUAAGUUAAUGGAGAGUUUGUUAAUUAUUGGUCUGGCAA